CCCGGAUUUCCAACCGUUCAUUCAGGUUCUUCUUCUCAAAAAGUGGUAUACCUAUGAAACACCCCGUGCUUUUCGGCAGUUCAAGUCUGCCAGAAGAUGUGAGGAUGACAUACUCCGUAGGAUGCUACAUAUUGCGGAGAUCCCGGUAGAUCAGAUUUGACUUUUCUCCGGGACACAUGGGGGCGAUUGUCAACGUUAGGGCCAUCUCAACCUUGAUUCGCAGGAUCAAUGAACAGCAUUUUAAUUGGACACAGCGGUUUCAGCUACUGCGGUAUCGGCUUCGCUUGUGAAGACAGAUCGUUUCGAUGCCGGAGGUGGGCCGAUGAUGAGAGACGAGGGAAUUCGAAGCAGCAGCAGAAGAUGAAGCCUGGUUGCGUGGAACUCAUGACUUGUUUUAAGUAUACAAGCAUCUCCCCUCCAUGGCAAGCAGGGUAUCGGGCAUUCCGCAGGAUGUUUACCAGGAUAUCCAAGCGACAUCCGUAUAGGCCAUUUUCCCGCUGCCAUUCGUCAACGAGACAAGAAAAUCGACAGAAGGUUGGUGUAUAUUUCCCUGCUCAUGGAGAUGACCGUUCAUCCUGGCUGUUGUUGAAUGAGUCAAGACUGUCCCAGCUUCCAUCUCGUUCUCCUUAUACGGAAAGACAUACCUCUUUUGGUUCGGCUCUCGCUUCGUUUGAUGUUGAGCCAAAGACGUUUUUCAACGACUUUUCUUCCGGGAAAAAAAGAACCAAAGAAAAGGAGUAAAGAAAGAAGAAAAAUAAUCCUCCGUGUCCACAGAACUGUUUCUUCACCUUUUGCCGCACUUUAUUUGCAUGUCUGGCCUGAUAUACUCCGGCAGACCGGGUGUGAAGGGAAAAAGGACAAGAGCUCUGUUCAAAACGGCACUAAAGCAAGUUGGUUGGCCUUACCUCCAGUGGAGUUGUUACUUUGACCAGAUGAAACAGCCCAGGGCAGCACGCUCGCAGG